UUGCCGAUCGACGACCAGAAAGAGAAGGUGAUGUGUCAUCUGUUGAAGCACCGCGUUUGCUUGAUCCGGGGAACCACAGGCAGUGGCAAAAGUACGAGAGUGCCCUUGUUCAUCAAAGAGAUGUUCGACUCGCAGGUGUUCAAAGAUCCCUGGGAAUUCCUCGGCAAGGAAGAAGGGGUAGCGGUAGUUUCGCGUUUACCCAAUCAGCAGAAAGAGGACGUUAACGCCAGCGCAAAACUAGCUGGCAAGCCGGCGAAAAUCCUGGUGCUGCAACCGCGACGACUGGCCUGCACAGGGGCUGCUCGCCGUGUGCAGGAAGCCUUGGCAAACGAGACGCGCAACCCGGAGAACAAGCUGUAUUUCAAUCACAAAACUGCCGCAAUUUCGGUUGGUUUUCAGAUCAGCCAACGCGCGACGGGGGGACACAAUGCUGCGCUGCAGGAGACAACCUCGCAACAGGACACGCAGCAGAGAGAAGGAGAAUCACAACAACAACAGCAACAAAACGCGAAAAAGACUAGUAAAAAGGUCAACAAGAAUGCGUGGGAAAUCGUUUUUUCAACAACAGGGUACUUCCUAGAAGUGUUGAUCCAUCGUCCAGAGGAAAUGGCACGCUACACCCAUAUUCUAAUCGAUGAGGUGCAUGAGCGCAGCCUCGACGCCGACAUGGUAAAUCUCAUUCUGCGCCUUUUUUUCGACAAACAGGAUUUUCGGCUUAUAUUGAUGAGUGCAACCCUGGAGCACGACAUUUUCCAGAGAUACUACUCUGUAAAAGGUCGCGUGGUGGAUCAGAGCAGUGUCCUUGAAGUGGGUGUUGAUCGCGUGUUUCCAGUACUGGAAGUGUACCUCGAGGACUUGAUGGGUCAGCCGUCCGCGGCCAAAAGCGGCAAGGGUGGCAAAAACAAAAACGCUGCAGUCGUCGCUUCCACAGCCGCUGGAGGUGGUAAAAGCGGCAGUAAUGCGGAGCAGCAUAAGAUUGCGCAAUUUCGCGAGCGGGAGAAAAUCAAGAAACUCCAGGGGAGUUUCAAUAGCAACGCAAACCUGCCAGCAAAGUUGCAUGAAGGUGUUGCCGGCUUUUUACGGCCCAUCGUCCAGAAGUUCGCAAAAAGUCAGGGGUCUAUUCUCAUCUUUGUGCCAGGAAUGUCCGAAAUUAUGGAGGCUUACGGAGAGUUAUCCGAAUUCGAGCGUCUCUCUCACGACUGGGAGGAAAAACCAAGGAGCUAUGACUACUAUGUCGAGUAUGAGGCGCCCUCAGGAGGAGAUUUUCAGCGUGGUAGGAACGACUACAAUUAUCGAUCCUCAUCUUACUUCAACACCAAACAAAUCCAGCACUUGCCGAGGCGCGAACAGCUGAAGUUUCGGGUGUACCCACUGCAUUCGAACUUGCCGCAAGAAGACCAAGACGCAGCGGUAAAGAAAGCGCCAGAGACAGGCUACUGCCAUAUCAUCAUUUCGUCGAACAUUGCCGAAUCUUCGUUGACUAUCUGCGGUGUCAACGUAGUCGUCGACACAGGCCUUCGGAGAGCGCAGACCCUCAGCACAGGCGGAAGCCACAACACCAACAGCGAGAAGCCGCCAACUUCAUCUGGCGCGAAUGCCGCCGCUGCGAGUUUGCCUGUGGAAAAUGCGCCUGCUCGCGCGGCUGCUCGUAGCGGAGGCGCUGGGCAAAUGCUCCAAACAGUCUGGUGCUCUAAAGCCAGCGUAAAGCAGCGCAUGGGCCGCACGGGGCGUACCGGACCGGGCAUCAGUAUUCGCCUGUUUACCAAGCACUUUUACGAUAAUGUGAUGAAGAAUUUUGACGAACCGGAAAUGAACGUGGUGCCCUUAGACCAGCUCUACAUCAAGGCAAAAUUUCUCGCGCAGCGCCUGCAAGAACAGCCGCACUUCAAGGACGCUGUGCAAGGAGACACUGCAGCCGGCGGAACCGAUCCCUCGCUGGCGCUGCAACCGCGACAGCUCCUGCAAAAGGUGCCGUCACCACCGGCUAUGGAUCGAUUGGACGGUGCAGUUCACAGCCUGGUGCGCGCUCAUGCACUGACCGACACAAGCGAGCAAGCGCGCGUAACCGCACUCGGGCAUCUGAUGAUGACACUCUCUAUGGACAUCUCGUUGGCUCGAUUGCUAUUCUAUGCCAGUCUGUUUUCGCUC